AUGGCGGCUGGUGGUGCCGUUGCCACGCCACGGCGAUUUGCGCUGUCAACGCUCUUGAAGGGGUUGAGAGGUAGCUCUUCGCGGACCUUAUGGGCCAUGAUUGCGGGCGCCCUCCUUGCCAUGAUCCUCAGGUACCUGCAGGACCUUUACCGAAAGUUCCACAGACAGGAAGCUGAGUCGCUGUGGCGCAGACACGUGGACCUCAGUGUGGUCCAGGCAAUCUUGCUCACGACGGAGCACUUGAAAUCCUUGGGCCGCGUGGAGAAGCGCACGCUAUUCGUGAAGCCCAUUACAGAAGUCUUUAAGAACGAGUUUGUCUUGGCUAAUGUUCUCAGCACAGCCGAAAAGGCUGUGGAAAAAAACGAACCAUUCCUGGUGACGCAGAUGUCUCAGGAAGACAAGUGGCAUGUGCUGACCACUUGCACGAAUCACUUGAGCUCCUGCUUCGCUCCAUAUCAUGUCUUCUUCAAUGAGGCCCGUCGUGUGGAGUCCUACUAUCAGUCGGCAUGGUAUGUUUUCACCUUGACUUGCGCUCAAACCGAAGCUUCUGGAAGAUGGUUUAUCACGCCUCUCAAGCCUGUGGGGAAAGAUGAUGUCGGAAUGCUUCGCAUCCGAAUCGUCAUGAUGAACGAGCAGGAACUGAGAGAGAUCGCCUCUGGCGCUAUCGAGCCUCCAAGCUUUGGCUUCUUCAACGGGCGCCACGAAAGCCGAUGGAAGACUUGCCAGCGCUUUGCGGAACUCUUUGAGCGACAGUUGACCAAAGUUAGCGGCCAAAGCGACGUGGGGGAUGCUGAGUGGGGUCCUAACCUUUGUGGUAGACUCUCGCAGUCACACAAGAAGAAGGCAGGCAGCAAUCCCUUGCUAAUGGCCAUGGGUGACACGGCCGCGCAGCAGAACCCUGCUGAAGAGAAUUGCAUCUUGCGAAUUCAUGUGCCGUUCCCGGCGGGCCGUUCUGCGAUGGAGAAGACGGACUCCCAGAGACGUCUAGAAGAGUGCCCAGCAUGGGAAAGCCGUCGCCUGGGCAUGUUGCCACUGUCUCACGAGGCGCUCAGGCGCUCCUGCCGAGCCCGUGCUCCUGGUUUCCACCAGUACGCUCUGCGUCGAGCCCCGUUUCUAGCACUCAGCUUCGGCAACGUCCAGACGCAAAAGAUCCGCAUGCCGCCUGUAAUGUUGAAGUUAGGACGAAGCGUGGCAGCUGCGUGGCUCCGGCAGCUGGCAGUCAUGUUUGCCUCUCCCCAUCUCUUGCCAGAGGCUUUGGCUUUGGCCCCGGGCGAUGUGAGGCCUUGGCCUUCGAAGUUCGGAGGAGGAGGCUCCUCGCCGAGCCGACCCGGGCGAGCCCCGAAGCCGCCGAAACGGCAGCCAAGCGGCUUCCGCCUCCCGGGGGGGGCCUGGGCCUGGGCGGCUUUCGUGCCCGCUGCACUUCUGGCAAGGCCAGGUGUGGGCCGGGGGGGCCCUGCCGAGUCCUGCCGCAGAUCGGCUGGAGGAGUGCUGCGAUGCCCACAUUGGCUAAAGCAGGCCAGAAGAGUCGCUCGCAGGGCGGAGGAGGACCAGUUCGUGCAGAACAUCAAGGCGCUGAUGCCCAACAAGGAGGUGGUCUUGGAGGGAGACAGAUCAGCCGAUCAAGAGGAGGAGCUGCAGCAGCUGGCCAGGGAGUACUUGGAGGAGCAAGGGAUCGACUUGGAUGAGAUGAAUGUGAAGGUAAUCGGCUUGCAAGACCGGGCCAUGACAGAUGAUCCCGAGAAGAAGUACCGAACCGACAAGACCUUGAUGAUGGAAGCCUACGAUCGUGGCGAGAUACAGCUCAUGGACAAGACCUGUACGGACCUGCUAGCCGUGAAGCCCCACGACGCGGAGGUCUGGCGGAUGCUGACCCUGGGCCGACUCCGCCUGAAGCUCUGGGAUGUGGCCCUGGAAGCGGCUCGGCGCUGGAUCGCCUUCGAGCCGCAGUCGCUGAACCCUCGUUGCGCGGAAGCUUUCGCACAAGCCGGGAGCCAGGAGCGGGAAGGCGUGAAGGAGGCACGCGUCCGCUUUGCGCAGCUCUACAAAGAGGUCACCAGCAUGGACUCCAAGGGCGAAGGCGUCCGUGAUGUUGCAGUCGAGCUGCAAGAGUGCGUCUGGCGCUGCGAUGAGCUGCUGGAGCAUCGCAAAGCAGAGGAGCAGAAGGAGAAGGAGAAGGAGAAGGAGGCCCCUGAGGAGCUCGGGCCCCAGGGGCCCUGCAACCUGAGCGCUCGCCCGGCCACGGUCCUCACUGGAGCGAGGCCGCCCCAUUAUUUUCUGCCGAACUUCGCGAAUUCCAUCGGUCCCAUCAAGGUCGUCCAAGCAGAGGAGGAGGAGUUGGGAGGUGGGGCGAUCCACCCCCGGAAGAUCAUCGUCACCAGGGACGUGGAGGCAGGCGAGCCCUUGUUUGUUCAGAAUGCCUUGGCCUUCUGUGCCGUGGAUCAGGCUGGGGACACGGUGAGGCUGAAGACAGCACUGGUCACCGCAGCCACACUGUCCCCGAGGCAAGCCAAGCUUCUCGACAUCCUCGUGGACCGCAGCGACUGGGAGGACUAUCACAGCGAUGCCGUCAUGGCGGCCCUCGACGAUCCGAAGGUCGUUCGGGAGUUUGGCCCCUGGAGCUCAGACGCGGAGGACAUGAUCGAUCACCUGCAGGUCUGCGAGCAGCUGGUCUUGGAGUCACAGAUCCUCACCGGCAAGAACUAUGCUGGCAUUUGGGUGCUUCCGGCUAUGGCACGACAUAGCUGUGCACCAUCAGCUGUCUACACGAUCUGGGGUGACGUGAUGGUUGCGCGAGCUUCGCGGAAUCUGAAAGCCGGAGAUGAGGUCACUUUCGGAUUUAUGGACCUUUGGCUUCCCCUGGACAUGCGCCAAGAGAAAUUCACCAACGCCGCUGGUGGCGACGGCUUCUGGUGCAGGUGCCCACGCUGCGAGGGGGAAGCCACCUGGCCCUCAAAGGUGGCCGUGGCGUCGGCGGACCUUCAGCUCAGGUUCGAGAAGCAAAGGAGCCGGGUCGAGGGAAUCCUGCGAUCGCUGGACCUGAAGCUAGAAGAGAAGCGACAGAACAUGCAGAAGCAGUACGACGCCAUCCGCGAUAGUGAGGAGCAGCGGAUCGAGUACGAAGCAGGACUUCUGGGCUUGGCGGAUCGCUUCGACAACUUGAAAGGGAUGCCAAAGGACGAGGAUAUCGAGGAGCUCCGCAAAUACUUCCCGGAGAACAAUGAGCCAGAGUUGGUCGAGGUGCGGGCCGACUUGGCCGAGGACCUCCUGGAUGCGAUCGUCACCUUCGAGAAGGAGGUGAACGAGAGCGGCUUGCCAGAGGAGCAGCGCCACUGGGUGCUUGCGAAUCACUUCGCGCAGUACAGCGAGCUCCUGGCCAUUUUGCGCUUGCGCCGGGAUGUGGAGGCCCAGCGCAGAGCGCUGGGAGGCAUCCUGGACGCUGUGGCAGCGACGCACCCGGGUAGCUUCGAGCACCUGCGGCUUUCCGUUCUGCUCUGGGAGGUCUCGGCCCAGUGCGAAGAUCCGACCCUGAUGCGUGAGGACCUUGUUCGGGACCUAAUCCCAGAGGAGCUGGACAGAGUUCGGGAGGCAAUCAAAAUCAGAUAUGGUCGCGAUCUCGAUGACACAGAGGUGAGUGCCACAAUGGCCAGGAUCGCCUCGACAAGCAUCAUCGACGAGAACUGGAUGUGGGACGUCACGUGGUGUGCGGGGCGGAAUUACGCCGCCGAGCCCGCGAGGGGUCCUUCCGGCAAGGUCCUACCGGUGCUCGGGUCUUCGAUCCUGGUGUGA